CAUAUCUCUUCAGUUAUUGCUCGGAUAUUACAAUAACCGACAACAUUUCCUGUGAAGCUCAACCCAUCCAAGUUCAGAGAGUGGGCUCACCAGAUACAAUUUUAAAUCAAUCGAUUACUGCAUAACUGGAAUGUUAUUAUACUAACUGCUAACUAAUUACCACAAAAUUAAAACUUGGCUCGUUGGUGUCGGGGGUCGGCCAGUUUGAAGUAGAUUGUGUCGUACUUGUGUGUUAGCGUGUGUGCCAAAUGAUCAAGUGGGGAAGUACCUUAACUAAGAAUCGACAUGGUGGGCAGAGAUUUAUUUUAUUCAUCAAGUUUUAAAAUACUGAGUAAACUUCGGAAAUGCAGAAGCUUUUAGCAGUCUACCCAGUAAUCUUACUUGCUUUUUUGGGAUUCGAUCGUCUCAACUUUUCCACUGCGCAGAAUUGCGCAAUACCACACCUUGUUCCAUUACCACUCGAUGAUUCAAUUCAUACAGAAUGUGCAACAAGUGGAACAGUUUUGGCGAAUUUAGCCACCAAAAAUAUCAAGUCAAUUCGAGAUGUCAUUGUCACUCCGCCAAAUUUCGUCAGAGUUGAGUUGGACAAUAAUGGGAGCUUAUCUUUGAUAGUGGACCAACCCCUAUACUUCCAAACUACACCUCUAAGCAUCAAUAAUUACGAUGCAUAUUCACAGAAAACAUACAUCGACGAGACUUGGAGUCAAAAUAUAGAGGCACAAGUAGAGUUGGAAUGCAAUGAUGGGAGAAACAAGACCGUUUUAUUUACCAUUCCAAUUGCAGAUAAAAAUACACAACCUCCAUUUUUUCAAUUUAAAAACUACAGUUUAACAAUGGGACCAUGUUAUAAUGGGACCCAUGCCCAAGCUUGUCCACUAAAUUUUGAAACGCAAAUUCUCGCAUUUGACGCGGAUCGGGAUUUACUUAACUCUGACAUGAAUUUCACGACCGAUCGUCCGGACCAGAUUAGAUUAGCCUCUUCGAUUGUUGAAAUUGCCUUAACAUCCAAAGAAAUAAACCCUAACCACUUGAUGAGGAGUGUCCGAGUAUACAUCGUAGAAAGCAGUAAUUUUAGUGUGGGCGAUACUUUUCAAUUCAAAUUGACGGGAUAUAACAAUGGCAGUUUGAGUCCGUCACAGGGGCGACUUUCAUCAACGACUUUAAUCACCAUUUACUUUGGUGAAGUCUCUGAUGGAGAAAAUUCAACGGUCCUGAAGCCCCCAGUAUUCUCUAGCAAAGCAUAUUAUGCAGUGGUGGAAAAUUUGUAUGAAGCAAUUCCGGGGGCUGAGUUGUAUAAUGUAAAACCAUACAAAAUAUCGGCGUAUGGUAAUUCAACUAUCGGUCCACUUGAUUAUGACAAAGGAUACGGACCAAAUCCUGGAGGCGGAGAUGAAGAUAAUAAAUUAAACGUGAGAUAUGCCAUUCAGGAAGACGCCAUUGUAACGAUUGACCGAAUCACGGGAAAAUUGUACUUUAACGACGGUGUAGCCUACUUGGACACAGAUUCUGAUACGAGAUUAUAUGAGAUUGAAGCUUUUUACGACACUUACGAGUUUCUCCCUGCCAAGGUUUCACUCUUUGUUUUCUUUAAUUCGAUAAAUGGUACUACCUCAAAACCCUGCACAACUUGUCCAGAGUGUCCCACAGAAUGUCCCACGACAGAAACUACAUGUGGAGAACAAACAAGUCCUUAUGAAGGCAUUACGAACGGAACCACAGUUAGCUUUACAACUGAAAAUCCAGUAACGCCAUCGAAAAACACAUCGCCAUUCUUCUCUACAAUCCCAUAUUCCACAACUACGACCAAUUCAUCGACAACAAUUCAUAUUAACGCAACGACUACAGGAACAAUAACUACCACACAACCAACGAAGGCUACCACUCAGCAAUCCGAGACAACUAUUUCCAGUGAAACUACAACCGAGAAAAUCUCCAGCACUACAAACCCCCCAAGCUUUACAACCGUCUCGACCACCAACCCUCCAGUUGAGGAAACGACAAUCGAUAAUCCAUCAACAAAUUCUACAAUACCUUCCACUGAAGCCACGCCGCCAACAUCACAUUCGACCACGAGAACCACAUUUACAUCAACAACGACUCCAAAUUCUACUACUACGACUAGUACGACGACUAGUAGUACUACAGAUACAACGACCCCACCGGGUGAUAACUGUUGCAACAUCAUAAGAGAUUUUGAGUGCCCGAGUUACAUCCCAAAUCCGAACCUCUUAUUUCCUGACCCCCAUAAUUGUAAAAUUUUCUACCGGUGCAGCAACGAAGGAGGUUUUGCAAAGCCAAUUCAAUACAAUUGCGAGCAAGACGGACACAUUUUCUGUCCAGAUUUGCAAAUGUGUGUAUUUGCCUCUGCUUGCCGUUGCAUAGCCCUCCCCCCGCGUGAGAAGAGCUGUAGUCUGGAGGCCACGCCGGAGAGUGAAAUUUGUAGUUGCUAUCGUGGAAAUGAUACCAACAACAACGUUUGCAAUAAAUAUGAGGGUCAAUUUCCAGAUUCUAGACACAUCCCUGAUCCGAAAUACUUUGAUAUUUUCCAUGCCUGCACGCAAGAACAGCCUGGACUGCCAGGAUUGUUGGACUGCAUCAUUCAAUGUCCUCCCCUUCUCCAUUUUUGUCCCUCGACAGGUAAUUGCGUUCAUGAUUAUGACGUCUACCCGGGCUGUGACAAGGGGGACAAACUACCGUACAAAUGCAGUUUAUGUGAAGGUUAUUAUUGGACUCAAGGCGUAACCCUUUCCUUCGCACAAGAAUACUAAUUGAAAUAAGUGUUAAUUAAUAAAUGUAUAUAAAACAUGGUGUUAAUAAAAAAUGUGGGUUUAUUACGUAUCAAUCAAUAUUGAUUACCAUCAGUUAUGCACUCUGGUCGUUGUAGGCUGAUGACGUGAAUUGUUGUAAUUACCCAUGCAUGAAAUCGAAA